CAGCUCAUAUUGGUUCCCACAUUUGUGCUAUUUGUUUUGAAUUUGGAUUUCAAGGAUUUUAAAAUGUCUCACAAUCCAUGGCCCCACGGUCCCCCUCCGCCGUAUCACCCCGGGUACACAUACCCGCCGCCGCCGCCCGGCGGGUAUGCCUACGUGCCCACGCCGGUGAUGAUGCCUGUGCCGGCCAUGCCCGUGUACUCUGUGGUGCAGCCGCAGCCAGUGCCACCGCAGUCGGCCCCACAGCCCAGUUAUGUGCCGCCGCCCCAGCCCCAACCUUAUGCUGAUCCAAUAGACUGGGUGCCAGCCACAGGCUUCUCCGCUCCCGGUCUAGUGGAGCGAGCACUCGUAGCCGGCAAGGAGGGCUGGGACGGCAGUCCGCUCUGCGUGAUCAGAGCUCACCAUAGCGGCGAGCUCGUGCCGGGCAAGCUAGCCAUUAAGCACCGCUCUGCAUAUAUACCUCACGGAGGGAAGGAGGUGCCGGUGCAUAACUUUGAGGUUCUGUGCGUUCCUGAACACAUGGUGCACUGGGUGACGGCCAGCCACGGCAGCGUGCCUCCCGACGCCAUCAUAGCCGGCAACGCGCACAACGCAGAGCCUCUUUACAUAUGCCGUGUUAAGCACCUGAAAUCCAUCACUCCCGGAAAGGUUCACCCUAGCCACGGCUGUGCGUACAUUUCAUUUGGAGGCAGCGAGCAUUCGUACAAGCAAUAUGAAGUUCUCUGCAAAGUUAACACAUCCACGUGGCGAUAGAAAGUAUCAUUGCUAUUUCACUAUGCACUGACUUGUCUAAUACCUUGUUACAUCUUUUG